AUGGCACCAUGUCUCGAUGGCCAUGACGUUCACUAUCUCCAACUACUGCUCCCACCCGAUAUGGCCAGGGACGCUCGCCGGCGCCGGAACGUCGCAGCUUUCCACGACGGGGUUCAGGCUCGAGCCUGGGCAGACGGUCCAGCUCGCGGCACGGUGGGGUGGUCGGGGCGGAUAUGGGUGCGGACGGGGUGCGUGUUCGACGCGGACGGCGCGGGCGUGUGCCAGACGGGCGACUGCGGCGGGCGGCUGGAGUGCCGCGGCUCCGGCGCCACGCCGUCGGCCACGCUGUUCGAGGUCACCCUGGGGCAGGGCAGCGGUCAGGACUUCUACGACGUGACCCUUGUCGACGGCUACAACCUGCCGGUCGUCGCGAUCCCGCGGGCGCGCCAGGGCGCGUGCAACGCCACCGGAUGCAUGGCCGACCUCAACCGCUGUGAGUGCCGCUGUCCGGUCCCUACUCCGGCGACAACCUUUUACCGGCUGACUGACCGUGGCUUUCGUUUCGUGUUAGCGUGCCCGAGGGAGCUGCAGGUGGACUGCGGCGGCGGCGCCAUCGCGUGCCGGAGCGCGUGCGAGGCGUUCGGGCAGGACAGGUACUGCUGCAGCGGCGCGUACGGGACGCCGGACGCGUGCCACCCGACGGUGUACUCGUCCAUCUUCAAGUCGGCAUGCCCGCGCGCGUACAGCUACGCCUACGACGACAGCACCAGCACAUUCACCUGCAAGGCCCUGGACUACACCAUCGCCUUCUGCCUCCCGACCUCCGGUUAA